AUGAAAGAAAGACUAGCACUAAUGGAGGCUUUCAAAAAGCAAGAAAAAAAGCUGUUGAGCCUUAAAGAGGUUUGUAGAUCCUGCACUGGAUGUGUAGGGGAAAUUGAAUGGAUUUCUUUAGACUGCCCAAUAUAUUUGGAAAAAUUGAAAGUAAAGAAAGGGAUUGAAGUAAAAUUUGGUAAAAUCCUAAAGAAUAAUAAGAGGAAUUAA